UUAGAAGAAUAUAGAAAACGUAAAUAUCUCUUUGACCUUGCAAUAUAUGAACAACUUGAAGAUAAUGUACUGCAAUUUUGGAAAUUCGCUUCACUUUCAACUAAAGAAUUAGAUCCAUUAGCCAUAUGCUUAUUUGAAAUAUGUGUUAAUGCAGCAUCUGUAGAAUGA